UAUUCAAGAUAAGAGACAUCACCCUGUCCAUCGAGCCUGCUCCCGAUGUGACUCGGGACACCAAUGUGACUCUGAGAUGCCAGGCCAUCGUCAGCAGCUCUGGGCCGGAGGCGCUGAGUCGUGAGUACAGAAUAUACAAGGACGGCAACACCAUCUACUCCAAGAACACAAGCACCUCAGAGGAUCUCCUUUACCCUUUGUCCGAGGCCCGAGUAUCCAACUCCGGAAAAUACAAGUGCAAGAUCAGCAUUGAGCAGGAAGACAUGACGAGUGGAGCCGAGAAACUCACAGUAGCAGGCCUGUCAAAACCACUUGUCCACAUUAACAAGGGUGUGGUCAGUGAAGGGGAGGAGGUAACAGCCACAUGCACAGCGCCCGGCGAGACAGGAUCCUUUUUUUUUUACUUCUACGAAGACUCUAAAGAGAUCCAGGAGAAGCAGGUAAACGUCAACCAGGUGGAGGCCAGGCUUCACUUCAGCAGCACUGGCAACCACACAAUUCACUGUGGCUAUACUGUCCUUGUAACGCCAGAGUCCUUCAAGUCAAAAGAAAGCCUUUCUGUCACUGUUUCAGUCAAUGAGCUUCCCAUCGUAGCGGUUUUGGAGAUUUUCCCCAAGUCCAAGAUCUAUGAAGGAGACAAACUCCACAUCUUUUGCUCGGUCAAAAACGAUCAGCGCAGCUCGGAAAGUAUCAACCUGUACCUGAGCCAGGGGAGCCAGCUUCUCAGCAUUGGAUACUCUAAAGUCAACCACAGCAUGGUCGCUCUGGCAAAGGACCCUGGAGAGUUUGAGUGCAGAUUAGAGAUGGGAAAUGUUAGAAAAAUUUACACAAAGGCGGUGUCAGUGACUGAGCUGUUUUCAGUGCCCACUCUCACCAUGUAUCCUGCUGAAGUCUUUCAAAGGGAAUACAUGACACUAAACUGCAGAAGUGAGAGCUCUGCCUCUGAAAGACUCGGCAAGGACGAGUUGACAUACACUCUUGAUCCAACCGAAAGCCCACUGAACUCCAAAGUCAACGGAGUAUUUUCUGUCAAAGCCCUGCUAUAUGAUUUCAACUAUACCUGUGUAGCUAAAGCCAAGGAAAUAGUGAAACGCAGUGAAACCCUGACUGUACGUCCUAAAGGUAAGCUCACGUGAUGGGUCUUUCAGAGGCUGC